AUGGAUUUCUUCAAGUCCAUCCUCGCCGAGCCUGAGCCCGACCCGUCCUCGCCGCCGCCGGAGGCGGAGGCGGAGAGGGAGAGGGAGCACGCCGGAUCCACGUCGACCCCGCCCUCUGACGCUGGCGGCGGCGGCGGCGGCUGGGGCUUCGGUGGGCUGCUCAAGACGCUCACCUCCCAGUCGGAGACCGUGCUCGAGGCCUACCGCCGCGACCUCGCCGAGUUCGGCACCGGCCUGCGCCGCGAGACCGAGGCGCUCCGCGAGGCGGCGGCGCGCGCCGCCAAGGACCUCCCGGCGCACGCGCACGCGCUCGACGGCCUCGCCGACAUCGUCGCGCAGGGGAAGGACGCCAUCGCGCAGGUCGCCGCCGCGGCGGGAUCAUCGGCUGCCCCGGCCUCCGGGCACUCGGACGGCGGCGAGUCCGACCCCAGCUCCGCCUCUGGGCAGGUCCGGUACAGCCGCUUCGAGGCGCAGCUCCGCGCGCUCCAGUCGGAUCCGGCCACGUUCACCGCCGAUCCUGAGGAUGCCGAUGACUUCGCGGCGUGGAGGGCAGGGUUUAGUGUGGAUGAGAGGAAUGGGGAGAUCGAGGCGUUGUGCUACGAGAGUGAUGUGUUGGAAGGGAUGGUGGACAGGCUCGUGCCGAGCUCCGUGGAGAACGAGGUGUUCUGGGCGAGAUACUUCUACCGUGUUCAUAAGUUGAAGCAGCAGGAGGAUGCCAGGUCGAAGCUAGUGAAACGUGUUUUCGCAGCAGAAGAGGACGAGGAGGAUUUAAGCUGGGAUGUGGAUGAUGACGAUGACGAUGACGAAGAACAACAUAGAGUGGAAGUACAAGAGGAAGGAUCAAAGCAAGAACUGAUCAAAGAAGAUACCAAACCUGCAGCGGAGGAUAAGGAAAUUGGGGUAAUUGUGGAAGAAAAUAAAGUCGAGGCAGUGGAAGAAUCAAGUGGUUUGGAGAAGGAACAGAUGAAAGCUGAUGCAGCGCAACCAGAGGUUUUCGGUAGCUCUAUGGUGGUAGUGGACAAGGAGGAGAAGGAAGAGACAUCCAAAUCGAACAUUGAAGAAACAAGUGACAAGAAAGCUGUCACUGAGGAACCACAUUCAAGCACCGGAGAUGAUGCAGCGAAAGACGGAGCACAGCAUGAGACAAGCGACUCAAGCAAGGAUAGUGACUACUCCAUGGUGUCUAGGCAACGAACAACGACCGAGGAAGAGGAUCUCGAAUGGGAUGAGAUUGAGGAUCUUGGGGAGCAUGAAGAUAAGAAGGAGAGCAAUCGUGGUUCAAGCCCUGCUUCAAAGGAUGAGUUGCGGAAGAGGCUCAGUGUUGCUGAAGAUGAUGAGGAUUUGAGCUGGGAUAUCGAGGAGGAGGAGGAUGAUAAGCCCUGA